AUGGGUCUGGGGCAGCCAUCUUAUAACGUUAAAAAGACAGUGGGUUUGUCUGUCGAAGAGUCUGGCCAUUCAGCGGUGACCUCGUUUGGCUCCGAGCCUGCUGGGAAUAGUAACACUAACCCACCACCAGAGGAUGCCAGUCCUCUAGACUUCAAAGAGCAACUCAAAUCACAGCCCAUGAGGCCAGCUGCUGAUGCUGCUGCCCCAGAGAUCCAUACCACUGAAUCGAGCCCAACUCCUGUACACCGUAAACAGGCUAAAGUCGAGUUUCCAGAGGUGGAGAAUUUGCUGGUGGAGUGGGGUCUGCUGCCCCCUGUGGUCACGUGUGAGAAGUGCAGCGUGGAGCAAAGGUUCAUGUGCAGUGUGAGGGUUCAGCUGGAUGGAUACACCUUCCAGAGUCCAGGCUCUUUCAGAUCCAAAAAGGAGGCCACUCGCAAAGCCUUCCAUUCAUUUGCUCUGGCAGCAGAGAUUUGCCAACCAGGAGCAGAUGAGAUUGGUUCAACCCAAGCAGUCAAACAGUACUUUGCCCAGAGAUCCCAGCCCUGUCCUAAGGAGAAGUGUGGAAAGGAAGGAAAGGAAAAUGCAUUCUCCUGCUCACUGACAGAUGUGACAUGUAGUUUGGACUACAAGGGACAAGGUUCCUCGGAGGGAGAGGCCCGCCAGGCGGCCUUCCUGAACGCUUUCACCAAACUAAGCCGCCUCUUCAGCGCCUCUGGGACCCCUGGGGCUCUGGGUGUAGGCGACGACCAGCUGACCACCCUGCUGAAGCUGACCGGCCAGGCGGAGCCAGUGUAUUCUCUCAAAGCCCAGCAGUACAAGGCCUCCAUUCAGCUCAAGUUCUCGGGCUACACACUGGAGAACAAGAGCACCACCAAUAAAAAACUGGCGCGAAACUACCUGAGUGCACGCAUUCUCAAGAUGCUCGGCGUUGAUACAGAUGCGAGCACCAGCGGGUCUCCGAGGAAUUCCCUAGACGAGUGGUUUAAAGGGCAGAAACUUCCUGGGCCCGACUUUGAGGAACUGAAAGAGCCACUCGGAGUCCAAGUCACAUUCUCUGCCCCUUUCUCCUGUUCAAGUCCAGACUGGAAGGACACCUGGGCCCAUGCCGAGAGAAGCCUGGUUCAGGAGCUGAGCGCACGCUUCACCUGGAACAAAGAGGAAGGAACAGCAGGAAGUGGCAGCUCAAGUCUGUAAACAGCACAGUACUAGCUGUGCUAAGAUCUUAGCUAAGUGCUAAGAUCCUAGCUGUGCUAGUAUUAGCUGUGCUAAGAUCUAAGCUAAGUGCUAAGAUCCUAGCUGUGC